AUGUUGCGCGAUGCCAUGGGCGCUAUGCCCUGGCUCAUAUUGGCCAUGUCUCGCUUGACAAAUGCUGCAUGCGAGUGCGGCUACUCAGUCAACAAAACCACCGACGCCACCUUUGCCGUAUACACAGAUUUAAUGGAGAACGACUUCCUGCACAGCGCCGGCGACAAUGUCACAGAAUUUGGAUGGCGGCCGCAGGAAUACAACGUCUCGGCCGAGGAUGCGCGAGGACCGUACGGCAAGGAGUUCUUCGUCUCCAACGUGGAAUUGAACCCGCUCAAGGAUGCGCAAGCGUGGUCGGGCGACUCAGAGAAGGGCGGCGAUGCAGGACUUCAGUUGUGGGUGCGGGGCGACCACUCCCAUGGCUACGUGAGCGGCGCCGAGAUGACGACGGUACGCGACGACGCACUCUACGGGAGCUUUCGCGUGGGCAUGAAGUUGUCCGCGCAGAACGGAACUUGCGGAGCUUUCUUCUGGUACUACAACAACUCGCAGGAGAUCGACAUGGAGUUCCUGUCCAAGCAGUUCAACGAAUCGCAGGGCGUAGUCAACCUCGUCCUUCAGACACCGGAUUCCGUGCGAGCUGGUUAUGACGCUGCAAAUACGUCCGGAUACAGGGUCGAGUCCCUGCCUUUCCGCCCCGACGAACAAUUCCACGAGUACCGCUUCGAUUGGUCGCCUGAGAGCGUCAAGUUCUAUGCCGACGGACAGUUCCUGUGGGAAAUGACGGAAGAUAUCCCUUCAGAGGGAGGGCGCAUGUUCAUGAACCACUGGAGCAAUGGCGACCCGCUGUGGUCUGCUGGACCGCCCGGGGCCGAUACCGCCAUGACCGUUUCCUACGUGAAAGCCUACUUCAACUCGACGGAUAACUCACGCAACGACGACUACACGAAGCGAUGCUCUACUUUCGAUGCAAGCAAAGUGUGCCAGAUUCCCGACGUAACUCAGGCUCCAGACGGCGCGAAAGCGCAGACGUAUUUCUUCUCACAAGACGGCGGCGACAAAGCACCGGACCAGACGACAUACCACACCACCAACGGCGCCGCGAGCCUCUUCGCCUCAUCCUCGAUAUACAUCUCGGUGUUCGCCAUGUUCUUUAGCUGCGUGUUUCUAUGA